AUGGCCACCGUGUUUGUACGCAACUUGCCGUAUGGUGUUACGCAAGAAGAGCUGGAGCAUGUUUUUAGCGAAAUUGGUCCUGUCAAGAAGAUCGAUGUUAUCAAGGACAAAGGGAAACGCAAGAGCGAGAUGCUUACGCGCGGGUUCGCCUUCGUGAAGUUUGCCGUGGAAAGCGAUGCGGCCGCGGCCGUUGUAAAACUUAACAGAACCAAUUUUCAGGGCCGGAAAAUGCUCAUCGAUUAUGCCAUGGAAAAGGGGAAGCGUCGUGCAGCAUCUACUCCUGUCGAGAACGAGCAGAAAGCGCAGGAGAAGGAGGGCUUAAACAAAGACGAGCACAUUGCGACGACAGAGAAAAAGGAAAUAGAACAAGAGCAAGAAGCUGUGAAGAUGAAGCCUCACACUUCAACGUCUAAAAUUUUAGAGAAGGAAGAUGCCAAAGAUCAGAAUGAGUUUGAGAAGGUCGAAGAUGAAGGUGAAGUCAAGGCAGUAAAAGUGAAAGUAGAACCCAGGGUAGAGACUAUGGCGGUCUCCGCUGAUAAACCUACUAUCGGUCACAAACAAAGCGAACGCAAUGUGCGCCGCCGACAGCAUCGAGAAUUUUUGCGCAACUUGGAGCGUCGUAAAGAAGAGGAGGCUGCUGUGCAGCAAAAGUCAGUCUUGAUAUUCGGCUUCGGUGCUCAUGUGACUAAGAAGCAUGUGCUGAAAAAGAUGAAGAAGAUCGGUAGCGUAGAAAAGGUUGAGUUAAAGCAGGAAGCUCGAAGCGGCAAGACGUAUGCUUUGGUACAAUUUCAGACGACAAAGGAAGCGGCUUUAGCGAUCUCAAAGUUGGACUGCCACAUUUUUAAAGGGUCAAUCCUGCAAGUGAAGAGUGCAGCCACAACCGUUGUGAUUGAUGAUCAAAAUAGUACAGAAUUCCCUAGAAAAUUAAGAGGCGGGGCCGAAGCAGAAGGAUUACGCUUGAUUGUUCGAAAUUUGGCUUUCCAAACAUCUGAAAACGAUUUGGAAAACCUAUUUAAGGUGUAUGGGCCACUGUUCGAAGUCCGCAUCGUACGUAUGCCAGUAGAAUUGGACCAGAAGAGGAGACAGAGAGACGAUGAAGAGACAACUAUUGAGAAUGUGCCAGAUCGAAGCCGUGGAUUUGGUUUCGUCCAGUACCGCGACGUGGCAGACGCGCGUGCGGCUGUUGAAAACCUCAAUGGGACUAAGCUUAAAGGCCGUGAAAUGAUUGUUGAUUUUGCAUUGUCGAAACAAAAGUAUACGGACCAGCAAAAAAAGCUAGAGAAGAAGACAGAAAGCGGUCUGGAUGAAUACGUAGAAGAGACGAAUAGUGGUAAUGAUGAUGACGAUAAGCUUGUUAUGGCCAAAGACGAUGAAGAAGACGCGACGUCGGAUGAUUCGGGCAUCGAAACGGAGAAGGAAGAUCUUGCUCUUCUUAGUAAGGAAGACACUGAGGCUCAACGGGAGCGCACGCUAUUUAUUCGAAACGUCUCUUUUCAAACGUCUGAAGACGGACUGCGUGAGUUCUUUCAAAAAUUUGGAGCGGUAGAGUAUGCGCGUGUGGUACAUGACAAGGGUUCCGGUCUGUCCAAGGGAGUGGGGUUUGUUCGUUUUAAAUCCGUUGAGGUGGCGUCGAACGUUCUAAAGCGUGGAGAGCAGCUGCAUGUCGAUGAAACGAAAAAGCAUAAGAAAGAAAAAAAAGCCAAAGUCUUGACGUUGUCUGUGCUGGCAAAUAGUUGCGAUGAUGCCUUGACUCUUGAUGGACGUCAAUUGAUAUUAUCAAGGGCUGUUUCGAAGACCGAUGCCGAGCAUUUGACCGAUUCAAAUGCUCGUGAACGCCGCCGUCUUGAUAAGCGGAAUCUCUAUCUAGCUUAUGAAGGCACACUGAACGUUAACAAGGUGUCGGACGCUGAGCUUGAGCUGCCCAAGAUGGACAUUGACAAGCGCCGACGCGCGAUCCGAGAAAAGAAGCUGAAGCUUCAGAAUCCCAUGUACUUUGUGUCACCCUUGCGUCUUUCAGUACGUAAUUUGUCCAUUGAGCUGGAUGACCGUUCGCUAAAGAAGCUCUUUCACGAUGCUGCUACGGCUGGUGUACGUGCUGGCAAUGUCAGCCUUUCCGACAUCAAACCAGAGUUAGCGUCAAAGGGAAAUCCUCCGGUAAAAGUCCGUAUGGCUAAGGUAGUGCGUGACAUGGAAGCGGUAAAAGCAGGAAAAGAGGCGCGUUCUCGUGGGUAUGGAUUUGUCGAAUUUUCAGAGCAUGUUCACGCACUGGCUGCUCUUCGGGUGCUGAACAAUAAUCCAAAGUAUACUUCAUACGCUGCUGGUCGCGUGACAACUGCUGGUGCACCGGACAGCUCAAAAUCCCGCCUCAUCGUAGAAUUUGCUCUUGAAAACCAUGGUAAAUUGAAAUUGCGUGAGAAGCGCGCUGUUGAUGCUGCGAAGAAACGCGAGGAAGAGCGACUAUUGAAGGAAGCACAAGGCGUAGGUAGUAAAGACGCUGACAAGUUGAAAAAAAGUCGAGGGCAGCGGCAGCGUGAGAAAAAGAAACUUUGCGUACAGGUAAAAGCAGAAGCUAAGGCUGAAGUUUCGAUCGAUGCAAACAAGUCGAAAAAGGAAAUCAAAGUCAAGGAGGUGAAGUUGCAGUCGAAAAGGAAACGCGCUGAAUUCUCAUAUGGCGAUGCAGAGGUUGACGUUUUAGCAUCACUAGAAAGCAAUCAUUUGGCAAAGAAGGGCAAGACUCUGUCUCGCAAUCAGCGUAAACACGCAAAGGAUCUCGAGAAAGAGAAAUCUUUCGACGAAUUGGUGCAGAGCUACAAGAAUGAGAUUUUCGGAGAGUUGAGUGCGGUGAGGAUGGACGACAAGGCUAAACCUGCAGACCGCUGGUUCGACUAA